UGGGAAAAAAAAUAACACCCGCCACCCCCGAGCCCCGACCCCUCCCAACAUGAUCCUCCGUGGACGCCUCCUCGGGUGGAUUUUACUUUACACCCUGCACGUCUCCUCUUGCAGCGGCUUGGAGAUCUUUGGACCUGAGAGCGAUGACGUCAUCUGCCCACAGAGUCUCUCUGAAUGCACCAUGAAGGAUGAGAUAGCGCUGCUGGCAGCGAACGACGGCGUGAACGUCACAGACCUGAGACCUCACGUCAAACUCUGCUCCGAGAACAGCCGGUCCUGCUCCGUGUGUCUGGUCGUAGACGUCGAGCUCCGAUUCCACACCAGCGACCUGGCGUAUGAGGGCAGUUCUGAGCCUGACGAGGAUGAAGCCUCGGUGACGGUGUGUUACAAGACACCGUCCACACUGCUCGCAUGCAAGAAGGUGGAGUUUACAGUCAACCACAUGGAACACCCGGCGAAGAUAUCCAUGGUGAUCGCGCGACCAUCUGGAGUUUCUUUCGGCAGCAGAGUUUUCUUUUAUGUCCCUGACUUCAAAAAUUUGAAGCAGGAUGUUUACGUUCCCUCUCUGGACAAAGUGUGUUUCCUGGAGGUGAAGAAGUGCGUAGAGGAAUGUCAUGUGCCAACGCUCAGGAUUGAAACUGGGAGAGAUUUCGUGGAGUUGCUGUUCGACGACGGCAACGACAGCAACGACACACUCACGUCUGUGUGUGUUCAAUAUGAGGAGAACGGAACAUGUCAGAAGCUGAACAGCAGAACCGUUCCACUCUACUCCGUGGCCUCCUGCAUGUGUUUCAUGGCGUGGUACCACGAAAAGACUGUACGCUCCAAAGUAUGUCCCUUCACAAACACAGAUUUCUCCCAAAGAGCAGUGUGGGAAAAUGUGUCCGUGACUGUUCGCCAAGGUCAAACAAACGACUAUUCCACCAGGCUGCUGUGGAACCUUUCCGCCCCCUGCAGGCUGAAGGGUGAAGUGUGGCCUUGUCACAAGGAGAACAGCUGCAAAGAGAUUAAAGGCUUCAGACAACAGCUGAGAAAUGGGGCGUGGAGUUUGAACACAAAAGGACUCUGGGAAACUGUAGGUGUUUUUGAAGACAUUGACCUCCAACUUUCACCUUGUGUCAUGGUGAAAAUCGAGGGAAUGGAGCAGCAGCUCGGUCCAUUCUGUUUUAAAAACACCGACAGGCACCGCUGGACUCUGCUGCUCGUCAGUGUGAUUAUAGUCAUUUCACUGACGAUGCUGCUGUUGUUUAUAUGCCACGACUUUAUCAAAGACUGGGUGUGGAGCUGUCAUCAUGGUGGAUUUGUGAAAAUUGGCAGGAAAGCUCACGUGCUUCUGCUGAGCCCUCCGGAUACAAACGACGCCGUGCUGAAGUCGGUCUGUCGUCUGGGUUCUCUGCUGCGUACACAAGGUUUCGAUGUAGCGGUGGACCAGUGGAGCAGGACUGAGCAGUCCAGUCUGGGACCCGUGCCGUGGUUACACUCCCAGAUGCUGAACAGGAAGCAAUACGACAAUCGCGUUGUGAUCGUUUUGACUCCAAAUGGCUUGGAGAAAAUAGAGGAAUGGGCCCAUCGGUGCGAGGAGGUGGCUCCAAAGAGAGAGGACAGGGAUGACGCUCAGAUGUUGUCUCCUUACUCCGAUGUGUUCACAGCCUCCCUCAGCAUCCUUCAGGCAGACAGACAGCGUGGCCGGGCGGCAGAACAUUUUCUUCUAGUGAAGUUUGACUCUUGCCCUGUGAACGACAGAAGAAACCUCCCUGAGGUUCUUCAGGGACUGCCUCUAUUCCAGCUGCCGUCUCAGACCCAGGCUCUGCUGACUGACCUGUCUGUGAGGAAACCAGGUCAGACCUCAGGUAAACGGUCACGGAGCGAAAGGAAACGGAGUGUCAAAACUAAAAUGGACCAGACCAGAAAAAAAAGUGACCAUGUGUUGAUACAGUGCAGCGAGGGGGAUGUUUACAAGUGAAAUGUACAAACUUUAACUUUAUUUAAAUUCAGCCUCUAAUGGCAAAAAGAUUUAGGAUUAUUUUGCUGAUGAUUGCACAUGAAAUACCAAUUACUGUUUUCAUUAUCUGUGAAUGAAGCCCUUUCAACAUUAACAUUAAAAUAUAGUCUUCUUUAUAUCAGCUGUCCUGAUGACAUCAGCUCACAGUAGGCAAAUUAAUUAGCACGAGUGUUUACAUUUUAAAAAAAUCAACAAGAUGUACAUUUUAAACAGAUGUUGGUCAGUUUUGCACAAUACAUGUACAUUUGCACUGCAUUUAUUUUUUUACCUAAUUUGAAGUGGAAUCUCAAUGAAGAAACUACUGUGUCAGCAACUUAAUGGGUGACUUAAAUAUGAAUUUUAAGAAGCAAAAAUUGAUCAUGAAAUUUUGUAUUUUUUUAAACUGUUUAUACAUGUAGCUACUGAAUUGUGUCUAACUGUAACUAAUUAGAAAAGAAAACCCGAAGAAAAUAUGCACUGUGUGAAAGAACGUUAUUUUUAACUACGUGUACGUUGUUGUAUUUGGGCAACAAUUGAUUUCCAUUUAUUGUUCUGUUUUGUGUUUUAUUAACAAUUGCUGUUGUGAGGCGUGUCCUUUAGGCUGCGAAUUGUUAAAAAGAUAAUUGCACUGUUUAGGGAUUUUCAAGAAUGCCUAUAGUUGUCUACAAAAAAAGAUUUUCUAUAAAUAAAGUUGCUAAUUUUA